UUGAAAAGAGACAAAAUCAGCUUUUAGUUCAGUUUGAAGUACUUGGGAAACGAAAAUACCAGGUUUAUGUCUGGGAGACUGUGUUCAUGUGAUACAAGGACAUAGAGAAAGCCUUUCUGAGCUGAGAGAAAAUGAUUUUAUGUUUGAUGAUGUGUUUGAAAAUGUCAACCCUCUUGACUCUCUUCUCAUCAGUAGAGCUUCGUUUAAUAUUCAUCUGUGGGUCUGACCCAGCUAGGCAGGACAACAGUUCUCCUGACUCAGAGAUCAGAAUCCAGUUGAUAAUCUCUGCCAGCCUAUAGAACCCUCCUAAGGAUGUCAGGCUCCCACAGUGAAGAGCUUUCCAAGGUUUAUAAUUUCACCAUGGAAGACAUCAACAGCCAGAGGAUCAGCUACUCCACCACGUUUGAGACCAGCAACCAGCCCGUUACCGACAUCUUCCACUUCUCUGUGCUGGAUGCAGACAACAACCGGCUGGACAGGCAGAUGUUCACCAUCACCAUCACAUCUGCCCUGGCACCGCCCGCACUCAUCGCCUUCGCCGACCACGUCACUGUGGAUGAGGGAGGCAGGGUCCCGCUGCUGGCUUAUCACCACUUGACUGCUGAUGAUGAUACUGCUGCCAGGGAGGACCUGAGGGUCACUGUGGUCACUCUGCCCGUGUAUGGCUACAUCGAAAACACCAGGACAGGCGAGAGGUUUGGCCCACGGAGUGAGUCUACAGGGACCACAGAUGCCUCCUUUUCCCUUCAAGAUGUCCUGGAGAACAGCAUUUACUACUUCCAGAGCGUCCAUGAAAGCAUUGAGCCCACAGGUGAUGUUUUCCGCUUCUAUGUGAGUGAUGGCUUCAGCCGGUCAGAGGUGCAGAGCAUCAACAUCACAAUCCAGCGGCAGAACCACGAGCCCCCGAAGAUGGCGCUGGAGCCUGUCCGCCUGCAGGAGGGCUCAGCCGUGGUUGUUACCAACGCCUCCCUCAGCCUGCAGGACUUGGACACCAGCAGCAGUGAGCUGGUCAUCGUGGUGAGCCAAAGUCCUGAGCAUGGUAUGUCCUGACAGGCCGGGGGGGUGAGGGACAGGGAGUCUUUCUGCGUCGGUGUCUGUCUGUCUUUGCUGUGCGCGUGUGUAAGAGCCCCUGGCACGUGGGAUAAAGCACAGUUUGGAGCAGGACAGCCCUGUUCUUGGCGAGCUGUCCCUGGCUCUUUGCUGGAGAGCAGAAGGGGGCAGUGCCUGUGCUUCCCUGGGAAGUUCCCCGCUGUGUUCCCAGCUCCCUGCUGGCAGGUGCAGCACCCGAGCCAGGCAGGGUGUCGGGCGAAGGCUCCGUCCCCCGCAGGCUGUGCUGAUCCCUCCGUUGUUUGCCGGGCCAGCUCCGCAGAAGGCAGAGCGCGGCAGAGGCCCUGGAGCAGGGACAGGUGCUGUC